AUACGCACGAUCUAUCUGAAUCACUAACUAAGGGCAAUCGCUAAGCGUAGUUUUUUUAAGUUUACAUUUUGUGACUUGCCCCGUAGGAGGGCGGAGCCAGGCUACCUCGAGCUUAGCCCGACUCCAAAAAACAUGUUUACGGUGGUUAUCCGCAAUGGAGAACCCGAAUAAGUUGCAUCACGACAGAGUGGUUUAAACGUUGGCUCUUAAGUGUGGCAACGUAACUGAAAUGGGUGAAGACGCCUCUAUUUCACAACGACACAGGCAGCUAAAGUAGAGGUGGGCAUGAUGGGGGAGCGGGCCGUCAGCAGCUCAGUGGCUGCUAUCUCUCCAGUGCAGCAGAUGCUGGCUUCUGGCACUGGAGCCCUCCUCACAUCUAUUUUUGUCACACCGCUGGACGUUGUGAAGAUCAGGCUGCAGGCUCAGCAAACACCGUUCCACCAAGCUUUAGCGUGUGAAUCCGCUCCGUGGGGGCGCAUCAUCCGCCCAUCCAAGUGGAAAUGUUUCCUGUAUUGUAACGGACUGAUGGAUCACAUCUAUGUGUGUCAGAAUGGAACAAGUUGCACCAGCUGGUACAAAACCCCAACACAUUUCAGUGGGACACUCGAUGCUUUUGUGAAAAUCAGUCGACAUGAAGGACUCCGGUCUCUGUGGAGCGGACUACCACCAACACUGGUUAUGGCUGUACCUGCCACUAUCAUCUACUUCACCUGCUACGACCAGCUGCGGGACUUCCUCAGAUACGGUCUGGGUUUCCAGGGCAGCCACAUCCCUCUUGUUGCUGGGGGUCUGGCCAGAUUGGGGGCAGUGACGGUGAUCAGCCCUCUGGAGCUGGUCAGGACCAAGAUGCAGUCCCGCCGGCUGUCCUACAGCGAGCUGCGGGUGUGUAUCCGCUCUGCUGUGGCUCAGGGCGGCCUGCUGUCACUGUGGAGGGGCUGGGGACCCACCGUUCUCAGAGAUGUACCCUUCUCUGCUUUGUACUGGUUUAACUAUGAGCUGGUGAAGGCCCGGCUGUGUGAACGGUCCCGAAUGACUCAGGCCAAUGUCUCCAUCAGCUUUACUGCAGGCGCCAUCUCUGGAGCUAUUGCUGCGAUCCUGACGCUGCCUUUUGACGUGGUGAAGACACGGAGACAGAUCCAGCUAGGAGAAAUGGACACUCUGGGAGUUUCCUUAAAGAAAACCACGUCCACGUGGCACAUAAUGAAGGAAAUAUGGGCCGAAAUGGGCUACAGGGGUCUUUUUGCAGGUUUCAUGCCCAGGGUGAUCAAAGUGGCCCCAGCCUGCGCUGUCAUGAUAAGCACCUAUGAGUUUGGAAAGACCUUCUUCCAAAAGAUGAACCUUGAUCGCGAGGGACUGGGAUCCUGAAGGCUGUCUGUACGGUGCUGGGUGAUUGUUCACAGCAGCACAACACAGUCAGACAGUGUUAUCGGGACAAAGUCUUCUCAAACAGAAGCUCGAGGAACAGGCAGGCCUGCAUUUGGUUUUAUGUACAUAAAAUAUGAAGAUUCACCCACAAAUCAGGGAUGUUUCUUCUUUCAAAUCUGCUCUCUGGAAAUGUAAAUAGACUGAUAAGACUUGACACACCUUACAUCCAUGAACUGAAUAACAAGCUUGGAGCUCGGGCCACAGACUUAAUGUGUGAUAAUUUAAGUAAAUUUUAAACAGGUAUCUUGAAAAUAAAGAAUUUUCCAAUGCGUAAGCAAAGGGACAAAUGACAUGGAUCACACUUCUGUGCACAUUUUUAAAUGAUAAACCUGUUCAGGACAGUGGUGUGCGGUUUAAUGCUAGAUGGGAAAAUGUAAACCCUCUUAAGGGCUAAACUGCAUCAGAACCGUAGCAUGAAUAAAAUGUUCUUACUCCCACAUGUUUUUGCAUUGCCUGAGACCAACUGCAUGGUGUGUACAACCCUCUUCAAUACAGAAUCCAGAUAUGCUGGUCCACCCUGCAUUCGCUUUAUGCAUUCUCCUGCAUUCCUGUAGCAGUAAAGCAUGACAAUUUUGACAUCUGAAAAGAUGACUGACAAAUCAGUUUUGUGUUCUGGAUGGAUUUUAUCACUUGUGAAAAGCGCUGUGAAAUGAAAUCAUAAAGAUAAGUACAUGUUUUUAUGUUUGUUGAAUGUAUGUCUCUUCUCGUCUUAUAACUGGAGGCUAAACUGCAGCACAUGAAACACGAGGCCUGAUGGCAAAAUUAAAACAAGCCUUCUUGGAAGAUAUGUUUUCCUUGGUACAUUAAUUUACCCUUUUAUGCUAUUAUAUUACAACAAUAUCAAAUAAUUCAUGAACAUUUUGAGCACAAUUGUUUUGUGAAAGCUGCUGCAGCCAGCUUCCCAAAAAGCACACAGAUUGUGUUAAAUGUGUAAUAAAGAAAACACAAGAGGCUUCCCCUUGAUGGUAUUCUGGUGAUGAAAUGCUUUGAAUAUCUUCCCUACAAUAAACAUAAUAUCAAAACGUGUUACAACACUGGAUCAUAAAGAAAAACAUUGCUGCCUUAACCUGAAAUGUGUACAUCUCUUUCCUCGUUUUUUUUUUAUAAAUGAAAUGGAAAUAAAUGUAAAGACAGCUUGA